AUGCUGUCUCCUCUGUAUCAAGCAGAGGAGGCGGUGGCGGAGGAAGCGCGUCGUUCUCGCUGUCCAGCUGAGGAAGUGCGACAUGCAUCAGGGGUCCUCUUCCCUCUCGCCACCGUCGUACCUGACCUCCCUGGCCCGUACCUCUCUGUCGGUGCAUGGGAUUCCGUCUCCCCCAGCUGCCUCAGCUCUAAACGGCAUUCGCCGGAUGGCAAGCGUGCAGCCUUCCCAGCUCUGAAGCGCCUCUCGCUCACCUUGCUCCUCGAAGCCGCCCAGCAAGCAACCAACUGUCACAAUAUCACCGAUCGACUACACAAACACUACCUCUCACCCCUGUAUGCUUUGGAGUUUGCCAUUGGCUUCCCCUGCAACCUGUUUGUGGUCCUGUUCUAUGCUUUCUGGCUGCCUUCUUGGAAAUCUAUAAAUGUGUACAUGUUUAAUUUGGCUAUUUCUGACCUUAUCUUCCAGUGCACCUUACCAGUGCUGAGCUACAACUACAUGCACAACAAAGCGUUACCCUUUGUAGGCUGUGUGGUUACUCGUUACAUCCUCCAUGUUAACCUGUAUGCCAGCAUCCUCUUCAUGGUGUGGGUGGAUGUGGACCGAUUAUUACUGCUGUGGUACCCACAACGCAAUCACUUCCUUUUGUCUUGCAAGGCCUCGUUGUUCAUCAGCUUCCUGAACUGGAUUUGGGUGACAAUUGAGAUCACUCCUCUAAUCAUAUUUGUUAUUAAUGACCUAACGAGCACUAACGGGACCAAGUGCAAUGAUUUCGCUAGCAUGAAUCCACCCAUCCAUGUUCUAAACUACAGCUUGUUACUCACCACUGUAGCAUACGUGCUCCCACUACUGACCUUGUUUCUUUUAACAAGUAAGAUGAUUUCUCUGCUCAAGGAGAGAGAGCACGUGCUUGGGACAUCCUUCCAAAGGCCAGUGAACAUCUUGAAGACUGUGACUGUAAUGGGGCUGGUGCUUCACAUGCCAGUUCAUCUGAUGAGAACCAUGGCCCUCGCUUCACGCUCUACUGAAUUGGAAGAUUGUACAAAAGUCUACAUCCAUGCUGUGUACAUAAUAACAAGGCCGAUGGCAUUUUCUCACAGUCUCAUAAACCCUGUGUUUUAUGUGCUAAUGACAGAAAGGUUUAGAGAGAUCCUGCAGGACAAGUGGAGAAAGUUUGGAUACUUGACAAUAUGUAGAAGAUUGUCAUAA